AUUAUUGUGCCCGGGACAUUGCCAACUAAUAUUACAUAUAAAUACCAGGAUAUCCUGCAAAGAUGGCAGGUAUUUGAAAAACGUAUACAUCCUAGUUUAUAAUAUUCUCAGGUUCUCCCAAGAGUUCACUUUUUUUACAGCAAAUCCAACAUGCGCUUCACUCUGUCCGUCAUUGCCUUGACCAUUGCCACCUUCACGGCUGCCCUGCCUGUUGAUUCAUUUGAUGAAGCUGCCGGUGCCAUUGGUAACUUGCCUUUUGGUCAGACCUUUGGCUUGCUUGAUAUCUCCCCCGAGAUUGAAGCCGUCUUAUCCAACACCAAACAGUUAAUAAAUAACAUUAACGCCAACAUCGCUACUGCAGCAACUGGCAAAUUUGUUCCUGCAGUUACCGCUAACGUCAUUACAGCCGCUGCUGCUGCUGAUGCCCUUACUGUUGCCGAAAGCAAGGCUGAAGUUACCAAGCCAGCUGCUGAAGAGAAGAAGCCGUCCGCUGACAAGCCAGUCACCGACAAGAAGCCGUCUACCGAUGACAAGAAGCCCUCUGCCGACGACAAGAAGCCAGGGGUCGAAGAGAAAAAGCCGUCUACCGAUGACAAGAAGCCAUCUACCGAUGACAAGCCAGCGGUCGAAGAGAAAAAGCCAGCGGUCGAAGACAAGAAGCCAGCUGCCGAAGACAAGAAGCCAGCUGCCGAAGACAAGAAGCCAUCAACUGACAAGAAGCCGUCCACUGACGACAAGAAGCCAUCUGCCGAUGACAAGAAGCCAUCCGACGAGGACGAGGACUAAAGUGCCAUUUACAUUCAAUUAUCCAAUUACAUUAAUUUUAUCUACAACUUACUUUUUUACAUAUACUUAAU